AUGGAGGAACGGUCGGUUGAACCGAAUCUAGUAAUGUAUAGUGCAGUCAUUGAUGGACUAUGCAAAGAUGGACUUGUCACGGAUGCGCUUAGUUUGUGUUCUCGGAUGGCUGAUAAGGGAGUUUUACUUGAUGUUGUCACGUACAACUCUUUAAUUCGUGGUUGUUGUAGUCUGGGUCGAUGGCAAGAUGUAACCCAGUUACUAACGAGAAUGGUGCGGGAAAACAUUGAAAUGGAUGACUUUACAUUUAACAUAUUGAUUGAUGCACUAUGUAAAGAAGGAAGGAUCUUAGAAGCACAAGGUGUGUUUGUUAUGAUGAUGAAAAGAGGCGAGAAACCGGAUAUUAUUACUUACAAUGCUCUGAUGGAUGGGUAUUGUUUGAGAAAAAGUAUUACUGAGGCUAAAGAACUAUUCAAUAGGAUGGUCAAAAGAGGCUUGGAACCUGAUGAACUUAUUGCUGAUUUUGAGGUGUCAGAAGGAAUAUAUUCACGUGCUUCUAUAGAAGAAACUGAUUAUGUGUGUUUAUGGCUGGGAGCAAAUGUUAUGUUGGAAUAUUCAUUAGAAGAGGCUACUGCUCUCCUACAGAAAAAUCUGGAUAAUGCUACUGCUCUCCUGCUAGGACCAAACGACAAUUACUCAGAUGAUGUGGGCUCUAGAAUAUGA